ACGGGGGGGGGUACGGGUAGCCGCCAUCUUCUCGCCAAGCCGGCCUCGCCCGCCGCGCCCGCAGCUCCGGCAGCGCACGGGUUAAGCCUGGCACCGCGCCCCGCGGGGGGGGGCUCCCACCUCCCCUCCCCUCCCCCCCGUGCCGGGCAUGCGGGGCCCGCUGGGCACAGAGGAGGAGCCGCCGCAGCUGCCCGAGGAGGAGGAAGAGGAGAUGGAGAACGACGAGGACAUGUCAGGGCUUUCUCCUUACUCCUCGAAGGGCCUGAGUAACACCCCUGUCUUUUGGUUGCCUCCCGAAGAAGAGGAUGGGGGCCUUGAAGGCCUGGAAGAGUUCUAUCCUGAGGAACCAGUAUGUGUUCCCAAGAAGAAGAAAUCCAAAAAACUCAAGGAGAACAAGACAUCUAAAGUGAAACGGAGAAAGAAAGAGGGGAGCAACGAUGAGCUGUCUGAUAACGAUGAGGAGAUGGAAGAGAAAUCUGACAGUGAGGGGAGUGAUUAUUCUCCUAAUAAAAAGAAGAAGAAAAAACUCAAAGAGAAGAAAGAGAAAAAGUCCAAGCGGAAAAAGAAGGAUGAAGAAGAUGAUGAUAAUGAAGAUGGAGGUUUAAAGGAGCCCAAGUCCUCAGGGCAGCUCAUGGAGGAGUGGGGCCUGGACGACGUGGAUUACCUGUUCUCGGAAGAGGAUUACCACACGCUGACCAACUACAAGGCCUUCAGCCAGUUUCUCAGGCCACUCAUUGCCAAGAAGAACCCCAAGAUCCCCAUGUCGAAGAUGAUGACGGUGCUGGGGGCCAAGUGGCGAGAGUUUAGCGCCAACAAUCCCUUCAAGGGGAGCUCGGCGGCAGCGGCGGCGGCGGCAGUGGCCGCUGCCGUGGAGACCGUCACCAUCGCGCCACCGCUGACCGUCAGCCCGCCUCAGCCCAUCCAGCCCAUGCCCAUCCGGAAGGCCAAGACCAAGGAGGGUAAAGGGCCUGGUGUGAGGAAGAAAAUCAAAGGCUCCAAGGAUGGAAAGAAAAAAGGCAAAGGGAAAAAAAUGGCCGGCCUCAAGUUUCGGUUUGGAGGGAUCGCUAACAAGAGGAAAAAGGGCUCCUCGAGUGAGGAAGAGGACCGGGAGGAGUCAGACUUUGACAGCGCCAGUAUUAACAGCUCUUCCAUGCGCUCGGAGUGCUCUUCAGCCUUGGGCAAGAAGGGGAAGAGGAGAAGGAAGAAGAAGAGAAUCGAAGAUGGGGAUGGCUACGAGACAGACCACCAAGACUACUGUGAGGUCUGCCAGCAAGGGGGAGAGAUCAUUUUGUGCGACACCUGCCCCCGGGCCUAUCACCUGGUGUGCCUCGAUCCGGAGAUGGAGAAAGCUCCGGAGGGCAAAUGGAGCUGCCCCCACUGUGAGAAGGAGGGCAUCCAGUGGGAACCAAAGGAUGAGGAGGAGGAGGACGAGGAGGGCGGCGAGGAGGAAGAGGACGACCAUAUGGAGUUCUGCCGCGUGUGCAAGGAUGGCGGAGAGCUUCUCUGCUGCGAUACCUGCCCUUCCUCCUACCACCUGCACUGCCUGAACCCGCCACUGCCGGAAAUCCCAAAUGGUGAAUGGCUCUGCCCGCGCUGUACAUGCCCACCCUUGAAAGGGAAAGUUCAGAGGAUUCUGCACUGGAAAUGGACAGAGCCGCCCGCCCCCUUCAUCACUGUGCUGCCCCCGCCCGAUGCUGACCCGAGCAUCCCUCUGCCCAAGCCUCUGGAAGGCAUCCCUGAGCGGGAGUUCUUUGUGAAGUGGGCUGGAUUGUCCUACUGGCAUUGUUCCUGGGUGAAGGAGCUGCAGCUGGAGCUAUACCACACGGUCAUGUAUCGGAACUACCAAAGGAAGAACGACAUGGACGAGCCGCCGCUCGACUAUGGCUCUGGAGAUGAGGAGGGCAAGAGUGAGAAGAGGAAGAACAAGGAUCCCCAUUACGCCAAGAUGGAGGAGAGGUUCUAUCGCUAUGGGAUCAAGCCCGAGUGGAUGAUGAUACAUCGGAUUCUGAAUCACAGCUUUGACAAGAAGGGGGACGUGCAUUACCUGAUCAAAUGGAAGGACCUGCCCUAUGAUCAGUGUACCUGGGAGAUCGAUGACAUUGACAUACCCUACUAUGAGAACCUGAAGCAGGGCUAUUGGAACCACAGGGAGCUAAUGUUAGGAGAAGAUUCCAGGCCGCCCAAGAGACUGAACAAGAAGGGGAAAAAACUGAAAGAUGACAAACUGGAAAAGCCUCCAGAGACUCCCUUGGUGGAUCCCACCGUCAAGUUCGACAAGCAGCCAUGGUACAUCGACGCCACAGGAGGCACCCUCCACCCUUAUCAGCUGGAGGGACUGAACUGGCUGCGGUUCUCCUGGGCCCAGGGCACAGACACCAUCCUGGCCGAUGAGAUGGGCCUGGGGAAGACCGUCCAGACCAUCGUGUACCUGUAUUCCCUCUACAAGGAGGGUCACUCUAAGGGGCCGUACUUGGUCAGUGCCCCGCUGUCCACCAUCAUCAAUUGGGAGAGGGAAUUUGAGAUGUGGGCUCCUGACUUUUACGUGGUCACCUACACCGGGGACAAGGAGAGCCGAUCGGUGAUCCGGGAGAAUGAGUUUUCCUUUGAAGACAAUGCCAUCCGGAGUGGGAAGAAGGUUUUCCGCAUGAAAAAAGAGGCACAGAUCAAGUUCCACGUGUUGCUCACGUCCUACGAACUCAUUACCAUCGACCAGGCCAUCCUGGGGUCCAUUGAGUGGGCUUGUCUGGUGGUAGAUGAGGCUCACAGGCUGAAAAACAACCAGUCCAAGUUCUUUAGGGUGUUGAAUAGCUACAAGAUCGACUACAAGCUGCUGCUUACAGGGACACCCCUACAGAACAACCUGGAGGAGCUGUUCCAUCUUCUAAACUUCCUGACUCCAGAGCGGUUCAACAAUCUGGAGGGCUUCCUGGAAGAGUUUGCUGACAUCUCCAAGGAAGAUCAAAUCAAGAAACUGCAUGACCUGCUGGGGCCCCACAUGCUGCGGCGGCUGAAGGCUGAUGUGUUUAAGAACAUGCCAGCCAAGACGGAGCUGAUCGUGAGGGUGGAGCUGAGUCAGAUGCAGAAGAAAUAUUACAAGUUCAUUCUAACCAGAAAUUUUGAAGCCUUGAACUCCAAAGGUGGUGGGAAUCAGGUAUCACUACUUAAUAUCAUGAUGGACCUGAAGAAAUGCUGCAACCAUCCCUAUCUUUUCCCUGUGGCUGCCGUGGAGGCACCGGUCUUACCCAAUGGCUCCUAUGAUGGCAGCUCCUUGGUCAAGUCUUCUGGGAAGCUCAUGCUCCUACAGAAGAUGCUGAAAAAGUUACGUGAUGAAGGGCACCGGGUUCUGAUCUUCUCGCAGAUGACCAAAAUGCUGGAUCUGCUAGAGGACUUCCUGGAAUAUGAAGGCUACAAGUACGAGCGGAUUGACGGAGGGAUCACGGGAGGUCUUCGGCAAGAAGCCAUCGACAGAUUCAAUGCUCCUGGAGCCCAGCAGUUCUGUUUCCUGCUCUCCACCCGGGCUGGGGGUUUGGGCAUCAACCUGGCCACUGCUGACACUGUGAUCAUCUACGACUCAGACUGGAAUCCCCACAACGACAUACAGGCCUUCAGCAGAGCCCACCGCAUUGGGCAGAACAAGAAAGUCAUGAUCUACCGCUUCGUCACGCGGGCCUCCGUGGAGGAGCGGAUCACUCAGGUAGCCAAACGCAAGAUGAUGCUGACGCAUCUGGUGGUACGGCCGGGCCUGGGCUCCAAAUCCGGAUCCAUGACCAAGCAGGAGCUGGACGACAUCCUGAAAUUUGGGACGGAGGAGCUCUUUAAAGAUGAUGUGGAAGGCAUGAUGCCUCAGGGUCAGCGGAUCAACGUGCCCGAGCCCGUGGCGCCUGCCCCCGAUGUCCAAGCCUCCAAAGGUGGUGGCACCUUGGCAGCUGGGGUGAAAAAAAAGCAUGGCAGCACCCCACCAGGUGACAACAAAGAUGUGGAGGACAGCAGUGUGAUUCAUUACGAUGAUGCUGCCAUCUCCAAGCUGCUGGAUCGGAACCAGGACGCCACGGAUGAUACGGAACUGCAGAACAUGAAUGAGUAUCUGAGCUCCUUCAAGGUGGCCCAAUACGUGGUCCGGGAAGAAGAUGGAGUGGAGGAGGUGGAGAGGGAGAUCAUUAAGCAGGAGGAGAACGUGGACCCCGACUACUGGGAGAAGCUCCUUCGGCACCACUACGAGCAGCAGCAAGAGGACCUGGCCCGAAACCUGGGCAAGGGCAAGAGAAUCCGGAAACAGGUCAAUUAUAAUGAUGCAUCCCAGGAGGACCAAGAAUGGCAGGAUGAGCUUUCGGACAACCAGUCGGAGUACUCCAUCGGCUCUGAGGAUGAGGAUGAGGAUUUUGAAGAGAGGCCAGAAGGUCAGAGUGGGAGGAGACAAUCUCGGAGACAGUUAAAAAGUGACCGAGACAAACCCUUACCCCCUCUGCUGGCAAGAGUCGGAGGCAACAUUGAGGUCCUAGGGUUCAAUGCCCGGCAGCGGAAGGCCUUCUUGAAUGCCAUCAUGCGCUGGGGCAUGCCCCCCCAGGAUGCCUUCAACUCUCACUGGCUAGUCCGGGACCUCCGAGGGAAAAGCGAGAAGGAGUUCAGGGCCUACGUGUCCCUCUUCAUGAGACACUUAUGUGAGCCAGGGGCCGACGGGGCAGAGACCUUUGCGGAUGGCGUCCCUCGGGAAGGGCUCUCUCGACAACAUGUGCUCACUCGGAUUGGAGUCAUGUCAUUAGUUAGGAAGAAGGUCCAGGAGUUUGAACACGUUAAUGGGAAAUACAGCACGCCUGACCUGAUUCCUGAGAGCAAGAAAUCCAAUGAGAUCGUCUCCUCAGAUCCCAACACCCCUGUCCCAGCCAGCCCAGCCCAUAUUCCUCCUGGCCCUUUGGGGCUCCCAGGUAUUCUUGUUUCAGACAAAAUGGAAGCUCAGCUGGGCUUCCUGGAUGAAAAAGAGCAAAUGGAACCGAAACCCCCCAAACCUCCUGAACUCCAGCUUCCGAGGAUGCCCUCUGACAAAGGGGAUGGAGAGGAUAAGCAGGAGAAUCUGGAGAACAAAGAGCGGUCCCGAGAGGAGAGGAGGGAGGAGAAGGAGAAGCGGGACCCCUCCCCGGAUCGGCUGCUCAAAGAAGAUGUUCUCCCCGAAAAGGAAAAAGCUCUGGAGAAGGUGGAGCUAAAUAUGAACCACGGCCGAGGGGACGACAGAGAUUUCCGGCCAGAGGACUCCAAGGUAGAAGAGAAAGAGAUGGUGGAAACUCAGCAGAAUGGUGAAAAAGAGGAAGACGAGGACGGGAAGAAGGACGACAAGAAUGGGAAAUUCAAAUUCAUGUUUAACAUCGCCGACGGGGGUUUCACAGAGCUGCACACGCUGUGGCAGAAUGAGGAGCGGGCGGCCGUCUCCUCGGGGAAGAUCUACGACAUUUGGCAUCGGCGCCACGACUACUGGCUCCUGGCGGGGAUCGUGACGCACGGCUAUGCCCGCUGGCAAGACAUCCAGAAUGACCCUCGCUACGUGAUCCUGAAUGAGCCCUUCAAGUCGGAGAUCCACAAGGGCAACUACCUGGAGAUGAAAAACAAGUUCCUGGCCCGGAGGUUCAAGCUGCUGGAGCAGGCUCUGGUAAUCGAGGAGCAGCUUAGGAGGGCCGCGUACCUCAACAUGACUCAAGACCCCAACCACCCAGCCAUGGCUUUGAACGCCCGCCUGGCGGAAGUGGAGUGCCUCGCUGAGAGCCACCAGCACCUGUCCAAGGAGUCCCUCGCUGGGAACAAGCCGGCCAACGCUGUCCUCCAUAAGGUACUGAACCAGCUGGAGGAACUUUUGAGUGACAUGAAGGCUGAUGUAACCCGCCUGCCCUCCAUGUUGUCCCGGAUCCCUCCCGUGGCUGCCCGUCUACAGAUGUCUGAACGCAGUAUCCUGAGCCGCCUGACAAACCGAGCCGGAGAUCCCACCGUCCAGCAGGGUUCUUUCGGCUCCUCCCAGAUGUACAACAACAACUUUGGGCCAAACUUCCGGGCUCCUGGACCAGGAGGGAUUGUCAACUACAGCCAGAUGCCCCUCGGCCCCUAUGUGACUGCCACGCCCACCGGGCCACCCGCCAGCCACCCAGACAGAAAAGGAGCCGACGCCCUGAAAGAUGGUGCUGCUUUGGGACGCAAGGGGAAACUCAGUGACGUCAUCUGCAUUGAAGAUUAAGUCCCCGCCCUCGAGGGCCCGAUGCCCGGAAGUGCCGCUGUGUCAUAUCAAGUGUUCUUCCAAAAAAAAAGAAAGAAAGAAAGAAAGGAAAAGGAAAAAAGGGAAAAAGGAAAAAAGAAAGAAAAAAAGAAAAACAAAUAGCGACUUAAAAAAACAAACCCAGUUCCAGAACUUCUUAGAAGGGAUUCCAUUUAUUUGUACAUCUUUUGCACUUUCUUAUUGAAGACUCGAAGAGUUUGUCUUGAUAAAAGUUGAAUGAAUUAUGAAGGAUUAUAAUGUUAA